CCUUGCGUCGAUCGUGGGAUUGUGUUUGUGUUUUUUAAUGGUUUACCUUCCCGAUAACCUAUAGUUUAAGGUGUGACAUAUUUUUGGAAUUUGCCCGGCCAAAACUUUCGAUAUUGGCAUCAUGUGUUCUCGUAUGAAGCUAGGGCAACACUGCAAGCACUCGCACAGCCUCUCGCUCAUGCGCACUGACUGCUGCCUGAGCAAUUUGUCAGUACUCGUGGGAGAAUUUGGACAAGCUUAGCAUUUGUCAUGGAGGAGUCAGCCAUGAAUGCGGCCACUCCUGACUUUGACGUUUAUGGAGCAAUGGAUUGGAAAGAUGGAGUGGGAACAUUGCCUGGAAGUGAACUGAAGUUCCGGGUGAAUGAGUUUGGGGUCCUGGAGGUCAUAACCGAUGAGGCAGAUGACGACAGCGUUAAGAAGGCCCACGCCACGACCACAUGGGCAGUCCCCACUGCCCAAGAAGUGGUGAAAGAGGAGCAUCGUCCCUGGGCCCAGCGAGGCCUGGUGUGUGUGCGGUGCCAGAGGAAGGGCUCGGCAGUCGACUUCCUGCCUGAGGGACGCCACUGCAGCGAGCGUUGUCAGCAGCAGGACCAGGAAGAGUGGAAUCUGAAGAAAGACACUACCAAGAGCAACGGAGAGGUGAUUGGGGGCACCAGGAAGAGACACCUCCAGCCAGAGAAAGUUCCAGAAGAGACGGACAGCGUGAUGGAUGUACCUGAGGAUGACGACGAGGACUACGAAGAAAAGGACAACAGGAAGUCCACACGCGGAGCACCUCGGGGACGGAGGAAACGGAGAGGCGAUGCAGCUCUACUCAGGCACACGGUGCCUUACGGAGGGAAAAAGAAAUCUUGGUGCUGGGCGUCGUAUUUGGAGCAGGAGAAGGCUGCCGCGGCCCCCAACAAGCUGUUUAAAGAGCACCAGUCUCUCCCACAGAGCAAGAAUGGCUUCCGGGUGGGGAUGAAGCUGGAGGGGGUUGACCCCGAGCAUCCAUCCAUGUACUGUGUGCUGACCGUGGCCGAGGUCUCAGGCCACCGUAUCAGGCUGCACUUCGACAAAUACUCCGACUGCUAUGACUUCUGGGUAAACUCCAACUCCCCCGACAUCCACCCAGUGGGCUGGUGCGAGAAGACAGGACACAAGCUGCACCCUCCCAAAGGCAUAAAGGAUGAGGAGUUCAGCUGGUCGUCCUACAUAAAGCAGAACAAGGCCCAGGCUGCACCCAAAGCCCUGUUUGAGAACCAGAACACGACCGUCACGCCUCAGGGCUUCCGAGUCGGGAUGAAGCUAGAGGCAGUGGACAAGAAGAACCCCUCGUUCAUCUGCGUGGCCACGGUGGCAGACAUGGUGGACAGCCGCUUCCUGGUCCACUUCGACAACUGGGAUGAGAGUUACGACUACUGGUGUGACGCAACGAGCCCUUACAUCCACCCGAUUGGCUGGUGCCAGGACAAUGGCAAAACUCUGACCACACCCCCUGGUUACCCCACUGAGAAGGGCUUCUCCUGGGAAUGCUACCUUGAGGAGACAGGGGCCUCCCCUGCUCCAGCCAGAGCCUUUAAAGUGAAACCUCCUCACAGUUUCCAGGUGUAUAUGAAGCUGGAGGCCGUGGACAAGAGGAACCCCAUGCUGGUGAGGGUGGCCAGUGUGGUGGACACGGACGACCACAGGAUCCAGAUCCAUUUUGACGGCUGGACGGAUGAGUACGACUACUGGGUGGACACGGACAGCCCAGACAUCCACCCGGCGGGCUGGUGUGCCAAAACUGGUCACCCUCUCCAGCCUCCCAUCAGUCCACAGGAGAUGUUUGAGUCGUCGGAGCAGGGCGGCUGCCCGACCCCCGGCUGUAAGGGCAUGGGCCACAUCAAGGGAGCUCGCUACUCUGGACACCACAGUGCGGUGGGGUGCCCGUAUUCGGACAUCAACAUCAACAAGGAUUCUGUGCUGCCCGACCGACUGAGCGGGGAGAUGCCCGGUAGCGCGCCAGGCGUGGGCAGACCCAGGAGGGUGGAGCCCAGCCCCGAGACGUCCACCAGCACGUCAGACAAGCAGUCAGCUGGCCCAAGCUUGAGUCACCCGGAGCGGCCUGGACGCCCAGAGAAACCAAGUGCUGCGGCCAGCUCCAUGGAGCCGCCCCUCAAGAAGCCGGCAGGGACAGAGCCAAAGAGACGAGUGGGGCGUCCUUGUAAGCAGAAGAAGGUCGAGGAGCCAGUGGAAGAGGAGGAAGUGGAGAGUGAGGUGUCCUCCAUUAACGAAACCAAAGACCUAAGCCUGCAGCAGGCCCUGCACCAGUCCGUCUUCAUGCCCACCGGCUCGCUCUCGCCCACCUCGGGUACACCGCACUGCUGGGACCAGCACAGCAAGCUGUUGCCCACCGUAGCUGGCAUCACCGCUACCAAAGUGGCUGCCUGGAGCGUGGAGGAGGUAACUGAGUUCAUUCAGGGUCUGCCAGGGUGCAAGGAGCAAGUUCGCACUUUCAGGGAAGAGCAAAUCGAUGGCGAAGCCUUCCUGCUGCUCACCCAGGUGGACCUGGUGAAGAUCCUUAGCAUCAAGCUGGGCCCUGCCUUAAAGAUCUACAAUUCAAUCUUGAUGUUCAAGACUGCCGAAGACUCAGCCUACAACGAACUCUGAGAGACAGGCCGAGAAGGGGGGGGCGGUCACUUUUGGCCUCAGUGAGCUGGCGGUGGAAUUUUCCGGAAUGAAAUGAGGGGGAAAAAAAUAAGAAGCACAAAAGAACUCUUCCUCGAAGAAGAUCCUGAAUCAUGCAAGAGGAGAAGAGGGAGAAAAAUGCACAUGUAUAUUGCACUGUUGUUUUUUUCUUUCUGCUGCCAUGAAAUUCAUAGACCUGUACAGUUGAAAUUCAUUGUGUAUAUACAGUAUAUGAGGGCAACAAUUAAGUUUUAUUCAUUAUGCCUACUCACUGUACUAAUGAGGUAUACAGUAUGUGCUUUUUUUUUAGAAUCAGGGCUAGUGUGGGUAGAAAGGGCUGCCCUUAAAGAAUUUUCAAAAAGCAAAACACUUCACACAAACAUAAUUUCUUUAAGCAUUUUUUUAUUGGUCGGUAUGUGCCCUUUGGUUGUUUUAAGGUUAUAUUGAAAUCCCACAGCUGGUGGUAGGCACUAAAGGCCAUGAAUAUGAGGCUGUUGUAGUAGAGCUGAUGAAUACAGCCUCAAUGGCCUCUUCCUGGGGCAAUAUGACAAGUCAAACAGAAGCAGCGGGCAGAUAAUUUCCUCCGCAUGGCGGGGCACAGAGGGCAAGUAGAUUAUUAAAAGGAGGGUGAUGGAAAAUAUCCCUCCUCUAUUCCUGAGGCAAAAAACAUGACAUUAGAGCCACACUUCCUUUUCAUUUUGUUCUUAUGUUUUCCCUUUUUGUUGUUGUUGUCAUUUUAGGGCUGAGAAAGAACAGAAGAUUCUCUCACCCAGGCAGAAUAUACUGGAAAUAAUUUAAUCAUCAGGCAUGUGCCAAUAUAAUGUAAAUGAUACACACUAGGGACUUAAGAUGGUGCCCUAGAUGGUGCUCACUAAGGUUUUAGGGUUCAUGUGCAACUCUUAGUAGCUCUCUCCAAUGUAGUUAUACUGUACUGUAGAUAUAAAAAGAAUUUCAGCAGGCUUUCAAAAUUAAAUGAAGCCAGAAUCUGUUUGGUUGCUAUCCCAUGUGUAUGUGCAACCACUCCUCAUCACAGCAGCUACUGGAAUUAGCCCCACUAACCACAGACAGCUAAAAAAAAAAAGACAUCCUUUGUAUACUCUUGAGCCAUUGACGCCACUAUGCUAUUUUUAUUUCCAUGUGAGCGUGAUUGAAGCAUAGAGAACACAAAGAAAUGAUGUUUUCUUCCUUUAUAUCUUUCCUUUAGUCUGUAACUACAUGUAUUCAUAUGCCAUUUUUUUUAUUUAUUUAUUAAUGCCGAUUACGCUCGGACCAGCGUGAGAAUGUUUUGCGGAUGUGAAGCCAUGCCUGGAGGAAGCGAGGGGAGGGGGAGGGGAGGGAGCUGUAGCCUGUAUCACGUCCCUCUACUGAUUUGCAAAUAAAUACGGUGGCAACUCAACGCUGUGUCCGGCCUUGUAAGUCGCACUCGCGGUAAUUGGAACCCCACAUCUGAGUCUGCUCCCUAACACAAGAGAUCUGGCAGAUUGGCUGUCUAAUCUCCUCAUUACCCUGUAAAGAUGACACCCCCAUUGUAGAGAGCAACGACCCCAUUACAAAACUAAUUUUUCUUUCUGCCCGUACAGAUUUUCUCUUCUUUUUCUCUUCUUUUUUUAAAAAGACAGCAACACAAGGAAAUGUCUACAGCAACACAAGGAAAUGAUGGUGUGCUCAUCAUCUUUUCCUCCGAAGUAGGAUUUUAUCUGAUUAAGAAAUAUGGUUUGUAUUGAUGUCAUUUGAGAUUGAAUGAUCAAUCAUUGCAUUGUA